AUGACCUUCGAUUUCAACAACGGCGGGGGUGAUGCCUUGCUAGAACUGACCUUUGACCACCGGGAUCGUACCGCUUACCAGUCCUACCCGACCGCAACUACCCACUCGAGUCCGUCUGCAGUAUCAAACAUCAUGCCGCAAAACGCUCGCUCCUGGAACGUGCCGCUCGACAUGGCUUCGAGCAGUCCCCUUGGCCAUGCCUCGAUGAGCCCGGAAGACAUCUCGAAUUCCCCUCUCUCGCAGUCGGCCAGCCCACAUAGCCAGCACUCGCCGCUACAACAAUCACCCUUCCAAACCGCCGCAAACCCGUUGACGGAUUGGGCCCUCCAACAGCAGCAGCAGCUUCAACAUCAGCUUGCCCCGGCCCCGGACAUGUCCCAGUUCAUCCAGGAUGCCGCACUCAUGAGCUUCAACGCCUUCCCCACAACCUUCCAACCCAACCCUCUCGACUAUCUGCCGACAACCCAGGCUGCGUUGCAGGCCAAUUUGCUUGAGUCGACCUUUAACGCCAUGCCCUCAAUGGACGAUCCCACCCACGCGGUUCAGUGGGGCAGCACUGGAAUGGAGAAUUGGCAGGAGUUCCAGAACACUCUGCAGAUGGAUGGACUUCCCCGCCUUGAUAGCGUUGGCAGCAACUCGCCUACCGGAACUUACCUCGAGGUCCUGUCUCUUCCCUCAUCUACGGGCGACGGCUGGGCCAUGGUCGACUGGAACCAGCCCAAUUUCGAUCAGUUCCAGCAGGCCCAUGCCCAGGGUGCUGCUAUCUUCAACCCCUCUCAGACCCUUCACCUAAGGACCAACUCCGACUCCUCCGAUGGUGCCAACUCUUUGGAGUUUGGCAGCUUCGAGGAGAUUGCUCCUUUCCCCUACUCCCCCUUCUCCCCCGAGUCGGACGGCUAUGUCGACACCACCAACCACCGCAACUGCAUGUGUGGAGAGGGUGUUGGCCAUACUCACGACACCGUCAGCCCUACCGCUGCCGUUGCUCCCGUGCCCAUCAAGUCUGAGCCCUCAUCCAGCCGUCAUAGCCCAGGCAGCGGUGCCGGGUCGACGUCUCCUCCUUCGACCAGCACCACCCGCCGAAACUCUGGCCCUCGCAAGAGCCCCAUCGCUAAGGCUACCAAGCCCGUGACUCGACGCAUCUCUAACGGCAAGAAGGACGGCACUGUCGAGAAGAAGGUUGGCCGCAGAAAGGGACCUCUUUUGCCUGAGCAGCGAAAGCAAGCCAGCGAGAUAAGAAAGCUGAGAGCUUGCCUGCGAUGCAAGUUCCUGAAGAAGACUUGUGACAAGGGAGAGCCGUGUGCCGGCUGCCAGCCUUCCCACGCUCGUCUGUGGCAGGUUCCCUGCACUCGUAUCGACAUUAAGGAUAUCGGUUACUUCAUGAAGGACUGGAAGGCAGACUAUGAGCGUCACAUGGACCGUGGCGUCUCCGUGUACAAUGUCAAGGGUUUCGCCCAGAAGGAGACCCUCAUGUGGAUCACCCACGGUUAUGGCUUUGCUCUCCCCGUCAUGGUCCGUGAGGUAUUUGUCGCCGAUGACAGCUGCUUCUCCGUUGACUGGGUCGAGUCAUCCCUGACCGAUCAGGAGCCUAUCGACUUUGAGACUCGCACCGAGAAGCUCGAUGUUGGUGCCGAGGGUGUCCGUGUUGAUGCUCUCUCCGAGUACCUUGACAAGCACAUCGACGGUCCCUUUGAGGACUUCAUCGACGAUCACUUUGAGGGCACCCCCUUCAUCACUGAGAUCCUCAAGACUGCCCACCGCUUCCUCGUCAAGGAGAAGAUGCCUGUCAUCCGCAAGGCCCUCAAGCUUGUCCUGGCCUAUAACCUCACCAUGCAUAUCACCAUGGUUGAGAACCAGGGCUCUGAGGUGGCCCUGGAUGGUCAGAUUGAUGACGAGGACUCCAAGUACUACGGCCGAACCGUCGCUCCCGUCAUGAUCAACUUCCAGAUCAAGUGUGCUCUCGCCGACAUGUGGCGUGAGCUGCAGAAGGACAUCCUCGAGGAGCUGUCUGCCCUGUACUCUGGUGUGUACAGCGGUGAGAAGAUGAAGAACUGGCCUACCAUCUUCAUGCUGGCUUCCAUCCUGCUGGCCGUCUGGGAGGAGAUGCAGUUUGACUGCCACUACCGCGUCCCUGACCCUAUCGCCGUCAACAAGUUCUGCAACGACAUGGAGACGACCCCCGUUGGCGUCAUCGUCGGUCUCUUCCACGCCAUUUCGCAGAAGCUCCCAGCCUUCACCGACUGGGACACCCGCAAGCACGGACACCUUCUCCACAACAACGUCGCCGUAUGUGAGGCGAUGACCGAAGUGCGACAGCACGUCAUCAAGCACGAGGCCUACCUUCGAACCCGCAAGGAGUCCAAGUUCGACCGAUACGACUUUGACUCCCUGUCUAACAAGUUCCUCUCGAAACUUGUUAUCCGGGCCAACUAA